AUGUUUGGAGGAUUCGCACCCCCGCAAGCCUCUGAGGAGGAGAUCCGCCAACAGGAGCAGGAGGCUACCUUUACCAUUCAGCGCUUCCUCGCAACCUCUGUGCUGCUAUACCUCUCCCCUUUCGUCAUUGACGCCGCCUCGAAAGUUUUCUAG